CAAAUGUUUCCGUCCCAUCUACUGUACCCUAUUUUGAAUCUCGUCCGUCCCAACCAACAUUUCAUCGUUCGGUAGCCCAACCCAGUCCCCUCGAUUCUCAGGUGCUAUGCCCUACCCUACCUGAAUCGAAAACCCAGAACCCAGGCGACGACUGGCUGGUGAAUCAUUUGAGCUUAUACAGCCUGACAGCUCCAGAGGUUGUCAAGUCGUUCGUUUGUCUUUUGUCGAUCCCCGCAGGCUAAUUGGGUUUCGAUUUUAAUUUUCAUCACCAAAAGUCCAAUCCCACGCGAUUCCGAUACAUCACCUAAAACUACCGGGUGGAACCUGCGCCCGCUCACUACUUUUGCUUUGUCCUGGACUUUUAGGCCCUCCUAUCAGUUUUGCACUAGAGAGUAGAGACCGUCUCGCGAUUGGAGCAUCGCUCACCCCGAACGUGUUCUGUGCUGGGCCACUUUGGUGCUGUGCCUCGCAUCAUCCCAACCAACACUGGACUGGCCGUGUUUGCGCGCGCGCGUGCACCAGCAUCUCGAGCAGCCUGCGGCACCAGAGCACAGAGCACGGAGCAACAUUCAAGACGACGCUUCAAGGACACCGUAAGGAAAACAGAGCGAACUUGAAAAGCAAUAAGGCAACAGCGUCUUGUUUUUGAUUGCUGAAGCCCCCCAAACUACCACCUUCUCUGCCUCAAGUGCAUUCACGCUUGCUUCCUGAAGAGAAUCGCCGAACCCCUCGAACCACUGGCCGACGAUAUUUCAACCGCUCACGGCUUUGAUCAGCCGUUUAAAAUUUGCCCUCAUGCAAUAGGCAUUAGCGAACGACCAACCGAGGUCGGGCAACUCGAUUGCCGCCACCCACGACGACGUUUGGCUCCCCGCCACCGGGCGUGGUAGCCGUGAAGAGAUGGCCAGCGAAUAUGCUGCACCACUCAGCCCUGCCGCCGGCGGUCUCUCGGACCUGUUACAGCAGCAUGGCUCGCGGGAUUACUUGGGGACGGGCUCCCUCUCGCCGCCAAAGAGGCGGGACGACACAACGACUAAUGAAAUAACGACAGCCAUGAGGACGAAGAAAGCCGCGCCAAGGUUAGGUCGUGAUAAUACAGGAGACAAGGGUUCCGGAGGAAGCCACAGGAUGAAGCCGCGUUUGUCUUCAAAUCAGAUGCCUCGCUCGCUUCUGCCGGUCACGGAAAGAAAGAGCCAGGACGAAAACCGGGGAGAUAUGCGGAAGAGAAAGGGGAGCAUAAAGGAAAAGACGGACAUUGCGCCGGACGGAGCUUCGGCAGGUCGAGAGGGUAGACAGUUUGCCGUUGCCAACGUGGGCAACAAUGGACGCAUUUACCUAAGGCCUACGAUACGGCCUGCACACCAAAGGUAUCCGCAGCCGAAUUUUGUAUUCCCUUCAACACCGCCGACGACGGCCCAGUCGAAACCCUCCGCUCCAUCAACGGACAAAACUGUGAAAAUUAAAAAUGAUUCCGAUAUCACCAAGGCCGAAUCAAAACUGUCCCAGAUACUCAGCAGCCAAUGGACACUCCCGCCAACACCGUCGACGUCCGCGACUAGGAGAACAUUGCUCGCAGCCAGGCGGGGACGUCAUCGGCGGGCAGUUUCCGACUCAACUGUCCCUGACCUCCCAGGCGCAUCACCCGAGUCCGAAGCCGACGGUCUCAAAAUUGUAAUCACACAGCCAAAGGAUGAUCAAAGGCCAAAAUCAGUCGAGGAUAGGGAUCCUCCUGGGUUUGUCCCGGUUCUGGAUGUGUCUAUUCCAAACUGGAAGCUCGGAACUCCUCGAUUUACCCAUAUGGGUGGGGCAGACAUCCGCGGCUCCUCUUACGGUGCACCUACCGAAAUACGAUCCGACUCUACUUCCAUUGCAGGUCGAACGCCACGCAGUAUAGUUGAGUCGGUACGGGGCAAGAAGCCGAGUCCUAUCAGCAUACCAAGCAUACCGCGAGCAUUUCUGUCCCAUCCCCCAACUGGCAGUCCUCCCAUUAUUCCCAUGGGCGGUUUGCCGCUGCGUCGAGCAACCUAUAUCUCUACUUUUGUUGUCAUCGAGCCUCGCAUGUUCGACGAUCUGACUUUCAAACCAGCUUGCGAUGAUCGGUCGAUUGUUCGCUACUCCCCGCACACAGGGACCGUAACUGCAGCGUCACCACCUCGCCUGGUCGCCGAGAUUACAUCUCCGAGCUUCCUGGACUACGAGCUGCUCUCCGACUUCUUUCUCACGUUCCGCUCCUUUCUCGAGCCUUAUGAUCUGCUCAAAAUGCUGGUAGCCCGGCUCAGAUGGGCCCUCGCUAGGGAGGAUGAGACCGGUAUGGUGGUUCGCGUGCGAACCUUUGUUGCUCUCCGACAUUGGAUCCUCAACUACUUCAUGGACGAUUUUGUCAUCGACUAUCAGCUUCGUACCAUGUUCUGUGAGUUGACCAAUGACUUUGUCAGCGAGCUUUGUCAAGAUCAGCCGGGGAGCAAAGUGCAGGUUAAGAUCUUGGGCGAACUCAAGAAGUGUUGGCGUAGGGUGUGCGCACAAUAUUGGGACAGCCCUCAGUUCGACUCAUCUCUGGGCGCAGAAGCGCCGAUUAUACCUGGUGGGAUCGCUGGACAUCGCAACGCUGAUCUAACCCCGGUCUUCUGGACUCAAAAUGUAGGAGACGAACCGCCUCAGCUUGGGCCUGUUGACUGCAUCUCUCCCUCCCUACACUUUACAGCCGGAGACAUGAGUUUACAGACCAAUGUGCCACGCACCGCCCACAUGGACGCCGUCAUCCGCGAGGGUAGACCGGCAACUCCUCUGCAGCCCGACACUCUAACUGUCAGCCACAAGAGGCCUCAGCCUUCCUCCCUCAGUGUGAGCAGUAUAGAUGCAAUGUCCUGUUCAUUCCCCACCAAGAACCUUCUUUCCAUGCAACCAGGGGCCGGCCAAUUCCUUGCAGCUCACCCUGUCGACCCAAGUACCCUAUCAAGCACACUGGUUCGGAAGGCCAGCACACCCAAGGCACUUUCGGGGAAGCGCGUCAGGCCUCACUCUCCCCAGCAUAAGCGCAAUGGCAGCUUGACUGAUUCGCUAAGGGAUCACUCGCCGAACGCGGGAGAGAAAGUAACCUACAAGAGUACUGAGAUUAUGAUGGCUUAUCCGUAUGUGGGAAGCCUCGUCAGAGGAGCUAUGUUUCCACCUGGACAAGCAUUUGUCGAAAUUCCUACUCCUGGUUCCGGCGAGGUCUCGCGACAGACUACCGUCUUCCAACCCUAUCCGGCGGAUACACAAAAGGAGAAGACAUCUCCAUCGGCCAUGUCUGGCCAGGGAAUGCGCAAGCUGCUGAGCAGCGUCCGACGGGCUAUCGGCACCAAAGGCCAGGCCUUAUCGCCAACGCAAGGAAGCUUCUUGAACAUUUCUCCUCUUGGGCCCCGCGGUGCCACUACCAACAGGCUCCCUGGCACUGCAAUCGUACCGCAGGCUCGGCCAAAUCAGAAUGGUGUCAGACCUCCAGUGCGCAUCGACCUCCUCGGAGCCGAGGUGGCCGAGGACUUUAAGAAGGCCGUGCGCGAAGAUGCUGCCAUCGAUGCUGCUAACAUGGGCAACGCGAUCCCAAAAAUAACCAGUGGCAUAAAGGAGAAAGACUGCCAGGAUGACGAUCGUCCAACUCUUGAUGUGGACAUCCCGGUAGAUGGAGGACUUGAAGAAGCCUUCCUUCGUCCCAUUAGCGACCAGGCCAUUACCAGUGGGAGCAAGUCUAUUUUAAUUGUCGAUGACACAGUACCAGCGCUACCAGCUGAAGCACCACUUAUGACUGGCGCCCUGCUCUCGGCUGCUUUGCCCAUGGUGAACCCGUCGGUUGAGGCUUUUGCGGAUUCCUUCGCUUCUGCAGCAGAUCCUUCACCACCAAACACGCCACCGGGGCACAGUCUUGGAACGCCCCGCCAAGACUCAUACAUUCUUCGACACACGCUUAUGCGUCAAUCCUACUCGGAAGAAACUCUGCCUCCUCAUGGUAGCGUGGCUGUCGGCAUCUCCAACCUUCAAUCUCGCCCCUCGGAAGAUUCAACGCGGCCAUCCAUGGACACCACCAGGCCAUCAAACGACUAUGUGCGGCAAUCAGUGCGUCGACCCUCGCUCAGCGGCGUUCGCGGUCACUUCCGUCAACCAUCAAGCAGGUCAUAUAGAUCUAUGCAGUCGUUUGGGAGGCCACGCCAUGCCUCUUUCACAAGUGGCAUGGCCCCUCAACCCACCAUCGCGAGUUUCGACGCCACCACCUUUUCCGAGCAGUCUGUGGAUGAUACAGUUCCUAUAACGCCUCUGCCACAGCCAAUGCGCGUGCUUAGAAGGCGUCCUGGGGGUGAUUUGCGUGGUAUUACCAACGUCGGCCAACUUGACCAGCACCAACUACGUAGGUCACGGUCGGUAGGGUCUUUGACGACCUUUACAGAGUCUGUUCACAGCUCUUUCAUACGUAGCCCAGCCCAGGAGAAUAACGAAGGGUUUGUGGAUGUCGUGGAUGUAAUGUCGGAUGAUUACUCACAGGAGAGAACAGCCGGUUUCUCGUUGGGUGACAUGACGCAAAAGCCCGCCAAGAAACCUGCCUCGAUUUUCAGCACAUACUCGUCUACACCUGUGAUGCGACCGUCUUUUGAGGCUGAAGCCCACAAACUAGCACAAAUCCCCGAUGAUCCAAAUGACAAUGGCGGUGUUGAAUCUGCUCUUGCGAAGCUGGAGGGCAAGUACGAAAAGAAAGCAUUCAAGCUUUCCAUGGAACCGAAAAGGCCCAAGACGAAGCUCCUAGGCAAUUGGUCUUUGAAAUUGCGUGGUGGCGGCGAAGAAGAGCAUGAGACUCAGGAGAAGAAGGAGGACCACCGUCACAAGCAUGUUGGAGACGACACGCACCUGUCUCAGCUUGUUGACCACGAUACAGAGGAAGAUGGUACGCGUGUACUAGCCGACAAUCUCUCCUCCAGCUUUCUACCUGUUGCCCAAACCCCCCGCCGGGAACUGUAUAGCACGAUGUCUUUCUUGUCGGGAAGUUCUGAUGAUUCCUUGUCGUCCACUCCCAUCUUAGAGCGGGGUCUAGUCGAAGACUCCCAGCUGGCCGAGAUCAAGGAUGAUGAGUGGACAAACCGGUCAAUCUUCGAAGAAGAGGACCUUCCGACGCCUAGAGUGACUAGCGAUCGAGAAGUUUCAUACGACCUUGUCGAGAAGACGAACAGCCUGAAACGGAUUCAGCCUGGAGAUACUAUCCCUCGUUCUUCGCCAACCAAGGGCCAAGUCGAGGCCCGGUCAUUUCUGUUUGACGAGGGUGACAGUGACGAUGACUCUGAAAGCGAGCUGUCCUCGGAGAUGUCUAUAGAUCUGGCUGGCGACUCGGAUGAGGUCGAAGACGUGCUUGGCAGGAAGCGAAGCGACACAGUGACCUCGGUGUUGCCUGUCAACCCGUUGAGCGAGCCAAUAAGCGAGCCAAUCUCUAACCUCUCAAACCGUGACAUGGCAAACAUCCACCCACUCAAAAGCCACCCACCAUCACCGCCCAUGACACUGGUGCAAGCACUGCAAAUGUCACCAGCGACAGCAAACCGCGGUCAAUUUGACAAACAUGAGGCUCGAAAGACUCUGCCGCUCUCCCCGGAGAUCACCCCAACUUUGGCCGUACACAAGAGGCAGCCCUCGGACCAGUCAGAUCAGGUAGAUGCUGAGGAUGCUGCGCAACAAAACUCAAGGUUCUCGGUGCAUCUUCCUUUUAUCCUUGCGUUUGACUCGCAGAUAUUGGCGCAGCAGUUUACUCUGAUUGAGAAGGACGCGCUCAACGAAAUCGACUGGAAGGAACUAAUCGAUAUGCGCUGGAAAAAGGCUGACAACAGCGACGCUCGGUCCUGGGUCGAUUUUCUGCGCAAUACAGACGCACGCGGCGUCGAGGUUGUUAUUGCACGGUUCAACAUCAUGGUUAAGUGGUGCGUGUCUGAGAUAGUGCUCACGCAGGACCUCGAGGAGCGCGCGAGGUGCCUAAUCAAGUUCAUCCACAUCGCUGCGCACUGUCGACGAUAUCGCAACUUUGCCACCAUGUCGCAGAUUGCCAUCGCCCUCACGAGUCCCGAGGUGUCGAAGCUGCAGCGCACUUGGGCCAUGGUGCCGGCCAGCGACCUGACGACGCUUCAGCAACUCGAGGCGCUCGUCAGCCCGACUCGUAACUUUUAUAACCUCCGGUCCGAAAUGGAAGGCGGUGAUGUCGAGAGUGCCAACUCGGGCUGCAUCCCUUUUGUUGGCAUCUACACGCACGAUCUCUUAUUCAACGCGCAGCGACCCAGCGAGAUAGCGAGCAGCCCUACGACCGCCCCGCUGGUCAAUUUUGAGCGUUGUAGAUGCGCUGCCAGCAUCAUCAAGACGCUGCUGCGACUGCUCGAGGCAAGCUCGCUGUACACUUUCCAGCCGAUAGAGGGCAUCACCGAACGCUGUCUCUGGAUGGGUGCGCUGUCAGAUGAUGAGAUUAGAAAGAUCUCGGAUGGCCUGGAAUGAAGAGAACCAUGUUCUUCUGCUCAGGACUCUUGGCAGUCACUCACGGAUAUUUUGCAGAGAGCAAAACCACAAAAACACAUGCAACGCAUCAACGUCUGCUUUGUCUCAAUUCUUUUCUUGUCCUUGUUUCCAACCAGACCACACCAAUACCUAGACCAACGUCUUUGUUAUUUUGCUCGGAGCACACGGUUUUACAGAUGAAACACCUCUGUUCAACUAGUCUAGACCAACUCGCACCCACAUGUCACAUUGAUACCCUUUUCUACUUAUGUUCAUAUCCGUAACUAUCUUUCUGUUUACAUAUUUUCUUGAGUUCCUUCCUGUCUCGCAUACCCUGCUGCUAUCGUCAAGGAUGCAGCCGAAUUUCACAACUCUUAGUUAAACUCCUUUUCUGGCAUUUAGUUUGGAUUCUCCAUCUGUUUUUACUUUCUCGAGUUUCUUGGCGAAAGCAAGCGAUGCAACAGGAUGAGCACGAUAUAAGAAAAUUGAAAGCAUUCAAGAUUAAGAAGACGCAAUGAGGCAAAAGAAAAGGAGAACGGUUUGAGAUAGCAUCAGCAUCCGCUUGGAGUCUUUUUUCUUGUUUUCCCAUCAGUGUGCCUCAAAGCUCUGGACUUUAAUUCGUGUUUUAGCCUUGUCCUUUUUCUCUAUACCCCACGUAUUUAUUCAAUCUUGUACUUUUCGGGAUUAGUCAAUGUAUAUAGCGGAUAACUAAUUCAAUUUGGACGCUACCAUAUGUGUGUAA